CUCAUCCGCAUACGUUUCCCGCUGUUGCGUCACUUGACUGACGGCGCUUACUCUCUCUCUCGCUCUCGCUUUGUGCUUCGAGUUUGAUUUGUGUUUGGUUUCCUUCUCCAUUUCUGAAAUCCCAUUAAAACACAAACACUCACAAAAUUAGAGAGUAAUUAAAAACACGUACAUACAUAUAUAAUAAUCUCUCAAAAUCCAUCCCAGUCGAUUUUCCCCUUUCCCUCCAACACUCAAAAACCUACCUCUUUCUCUCACAUUCUUCAAUUCUGCUUCUCUCCCGCUUACCCAUGGAGAUGGAGGAUCCGAAUCGCCUCCUUCGACCGUCUCAAUUCGAGUUCCAGCUGCUGCACUCUCAUUCACAGACUCAGAAUCAUCAGAACCAUCCGAGCUAUCUGCUUCCGUCUUUGCCUUCCUCUCAACGUCUUCUUCCCCACUCAUUUCCUGCUUUCUCUCCUUCCAUCGACUCCGGCCACCACCGCCUCUCCGAUAGCGCUUUUGCUUCUCAUGCGGACACCCAUUCUGCUUUUGCUAAGCUGGCGUUGAGACCAAAGAAGGAAAUAGAUGAUGUGGCUCAGAUUGGUGGGCAUGAAGCUGCUGCUGGACCGAGCAAGGUACUUCAUGACCCGUCGUUAUCUAUACCACAGUCCUGCACGGGUAGAAAACAUAACCCUAAGUCAAAGGUUCCUAAGCAUACGAAAGCUGGGACUCAAAGAUCAACUGCGGAUUCUCAUAAUGGUCUGAAUCCAGCUAUUGGGUGCCGCUAUGACAGCUCUUUAGGCUUGUUAACCAAGAAGUUUGUUAGUUUAAUUCAAGAGGCCAAGGAUAGAACCCUUGAUUUGAACAAAACGGCAGAGGUGUUGGAGGUUCAAAAGCGGAGGAUAUAUGAUAUUACGAACGUUCUUGAAGGAAUAAAUUUGAUAGAGAAAACUUCAAAGAAUCAUAUACGCUGGAAGUGUUAUGAUGGGUCGACACCAGGGGAGCUAGAUGAUCAAGUUUCUAGAAUACAGGAUGAAGUUGAAAGUUUAUAUGCUGAAGAAUGCAGGCUUGAUGAUGCUAUAAGGGAAAAGCUAGAGCUUCUGAGGGCCCUGGAGGAAGAUGAAAAGAAUAAAAAGUUCCUCUUUUUGACGGAGGAAGAUAUUUCGAGCCUUUGUUGCUUCCAGAAUCAAACACUUAUUGCAAUAAAAGCUCCCCAAGCUAGUUAUAUUGAAGUUAUUGAUCCUGAUGAUGAGGAGGAUACUUGUUUUCCCCAAAAGCAGUUUAGAAUGAUCGUCAGAAGCACUAUAGGACCUAUACAUUUGUACCUCUUGAGCAAAUACCAAGGGCAACGUGAGAAUAUUGCUGUUAAGCAAGCUAAAUCAGCGGGUUCAUCUUCUUGGAAUAGUAGUGAUUAUUCCAGAGUGGAAGACGGAAGGCUUUCUUCAUACCAUCAGGGUAAUAAAAAGGACAGUUCUGAAAUUCUCGGCUUACCAGGCUCAGAGGCAUCUUCUGGGAUUCAGAAGAUUAUUCCUUCACACGUCAAUGCCAAUGACGAUUAUUGGUUUAGAUCAGAGCCUGAAGUCAGCCUGACAGAUCUAUGGGCGAAUUAGGACUGGACCCAGAGCAAAUAACCUCUCCUUCAAGACAAUUCUGGGAAGAGUGGUGCAGCAUUGGCCAAUGGACAUUGACCGUAGUGUAAAUGGGAAUCAGGUAGUUGAUUGCUCCAGAUGGCAUGAAGGGUACCAUAUUCUUUUCAUGUUUUGAUAUGAAAUUGUGUAGCUAGACCUUUUUAUUUUAUAUAUCUUGUUUAUAGUAAAAUCCAUAGUUGCUGCUGGAAAUUUGUUACAAUGUACGGCGAGGAUGCCAUUUAGAUGGCUGCCUAUAACCAUCUAAUCUAUGCAACCUAUAUGGGUCAUGUGAAGGCAGACGAAUAACCGGUUUCAGUCCAACCAGAGAUAACCACCCUCAUUUGGCAAUUUUAGGGCUUGCGACGUGCGGAGAGGCAGAUAUAUGGGGGAGUCUGGUAGGGGGUGCAUGCAAGUAACUGCUAUUCUAAAUACGUGUUUUGAGUUUUGCUUUGUUGAGAUUAUUUGUCAACCAAGCCUUGAAAAUAAGGUCAAGGAUUCUGUCUUCAUUUUUGAGGUAAAAACCCCCUACCUGACCAUACACAUUGAAUAAAAAUUGCCAAGUCAAUUGGCAACAUCAUUUUCAGUUCAAGGAUUUUGCAUUAGUGCUCUCUGAAAA